GAAGCAUCAAAGUGUAGAGGACCAAGUACGCGAGCGGCGCAUGGGACUCGGCGAGCUCCCGCACAAGAACAGAUCACGUGGCGUCUGGGGCUUCCCUCUUGUUUGUUUGCAGGUCAUCGCUAUUUCGAAAGAUCUAGGCAAAGACGACGACAUGAUCCUCUGGCAUGCCAUGCUGGUGGCAAAGUCUUGUCCGGCAGCAUUUUCCAAAGUAGGCCGUGCCAGACGGAUACAUCUCAUGUGGAACUUGCCUUGCGGAUGACUGUGCCUGUUGAUAGGCGAACAUCUCUGCGGCGCGGGGGCGUUGUUUGGUUCAUGCUGAAGGAUCAUCAUCCCAUUCGAUGGUUCCCUUUUGCUGCAGCGCCGCCGAGGAGCGGACGCUGCCCCUAACAAGUCCUGCUUGUACCCCCGUUCCACAGAUUCAACCAAGAUUGCGAGGCAAAACCGAUUCCAUAAGGCCCAGUGUCCUUCCCUAUCCCUGAACCUCCUUUCCAACCGCUCGGUCGAGCUCCCGUCCCCCCUGCGUUAGCCGAGACCCAAAGGACGGGGAUGCGUAGGCUGGCGUUCAACAGUCUUGCCUUACGCCACCACCUCCACAGCUCAGAUUUGGAGUUGAUAUAAGAACCACCAAUGCAAGUACAGACGACAAGCAAGGAGGCGGGUUCCUUCGUCGAGUCUGGGGUGCACGGCUCCGCCAUGUCAUCAACCCUUCCAUCGCAAGGGCAGCCGCCUAUCGCCAAGCUCACACUACCACCCAUGCCCAGGAGGCAGUCGUGCGAUCGUUGUCACGAACUCAAGGUCCGCUGUGUCACGGAUGGGCAUGACAACAAUACACUCGGUCUCGGGGUCAUAGGCGAAGAGAGUGAAGCUAGUCGUGGGAGGUCGGUGAUAGCGCCAAUACCUUGUGCAAGGUGCUCCAAGGCAGGGGCGGUUUGCAUUUUCAGUCCCCAGCUCCGGUCCGGCCGUCCAAGGGUACACCGACAUCCGGUUAGGAAAAGAGCGAGGCGGUCAUCCAGGUGUCCAUCUUCACCAGCCGAACUCUCCCCAACUCAUUCCCAGUCCCUAUCACCGAGACCCCCUGCAUUCAACUUCCCGCUACCGGAGACCAGGCCAGGUAUUGAAAGACAACCACAAUCCCGAACAGCACCCUUACUUCUGUCGACAACUGCAUCGCCAAACUUUGACGUUGUUUAUAGGAGACCCGAUUUGAACACUCCAACAACACUUCUGUCAGACUUUGGGUUGCCAGAACACCAAGGUCAUUUCCUCAAUAGACUGGACCACUUCCAUCCUUUGCCACAUACGGCCGAAGAUUCCAGUAGUGAAUUUGGGCCUUCUUUUUCUGGAAGCAUACUCAGCGCAACCUCAGCGACAACCGACAAUACAUGGAUGUUUUCCGGCUCAGCCGAAAAUUUUCUUGAAGAAGCCACUCAAGCUAACCUCCGCAUCAAUCGCGCUGGAAGAAUGUUGAGUACCCUCGCCCGAGCGCUGUUGACAAUAGCUUCACCAGCGAUCAAUGAAAUCUUCGAUGCGGGCUGCUCACUGAUCAGCUUCAUGGACCGUUACGCCGCACGACAAAUGAUGUCACCCCACAUGCCCUUGCAAAGGAGGAGAGCCAGUACGGAUGUGUAUAGAAUACCCCAUGGCGCCAUAGGAAGCUCAGCACCCAUCAGCAAGGCUACCGAUACUGCCAUUUCUCUCAUGGCUCUGGCCUCCCACCAAAUGCUCUUGGGCAUUUUUGAAGAUCUUUGCAGUUCAUUUCUCUCGCAAAUCAACUCGGGUCAGGCAGCCACACCACCCAACACGCCAUCAACGGGGGCCUUCUUUGGCUCAUCGCACAGUCAGAUGCUUGCCAUGACCAACUUGAUCAGCCAUCUCAUGGAGCAGCUAGAUCGUGCUCUGCGAUCACUGGCAGUUGUCCAACAAGACGCUCCCGAAGGUUCCGAAGGGCUUAUCGCGGCGGCAUCGGUGGCGGUGGCUUCGACACAUGACGUCGAGUUUGAUCAUGCGCUGGGCUUUGGUCAUCCUCCACCGCCUAGCCAGGCACAUCAAGAACCGGAUUUCGACGGACAGAAACACAACAGAAGAACGCCACAAACGCUACAGGAAGGUGUAGUCAGCGUAAUCUUCAAUCAGGUGGAGCAGCGGCAAACUCGAGCAAGAGAACAAGUCCUUAUGUUGAGAAGGUUGUUAGGGGGGAGAAGUUGAUGUAUGAUUAUGGCGGUUUGGCAGAUCUGGCAUCUUUUCGUUUCUUGUGUAUCUUGAUCUUUUUGUUUCAAUUGCUUGUACAUUUCACCAACAACACACACAUGUCUUCAUCCUUAUCCAUAGUAGAUACACUGUUUUGUUAGGACCGUCGUGCCUACACUCCAACGACGAACUGGGGUUGCGAUCGCGGCUCGUUGGGUAUUGUUUGUUUGUUGAUCAAAAGCAUUGAUGCGUCCCGCAGCUCUUUA